CACAAUGCCCUGUGGUUCGGGGUCCAGUAUGGCGGCCGGGGAAUAGGCUGUAUUGCGGUGACGGGCCGGCUGUAGGUGGGCGGGAUGCCGAAGGUGGUGUCCCGCAGCGUGGUGUGCUCCGACACCCGGGACCGCGAGGAGUACGACGAUGGCGAGAAGCCGCUGCAUGUUUAUUACUGCCUGUGUGGGCAGAUGGUGCUGGUCCUCGAUUGCCACUUGGAGAAACUGCCCAUGAGACCACAAGAUAGAGCACGUGUUAUUGAUGCAUCCAAACAUGCUCAUAAAUUCUGUAACGUUGAGGAAGAUGAGAGCAUUUACCUACGAAGGCCACAAGGGAUAGAGAAGCAAUUUAGGAAAAAAUGUGGAAAAUGUGGCCUGCUUCUCUUUUAUCAGCACCAACAGAAGAACACUCCAGUUACUUUCAUCGUGGAUGGUGCUUUAGUGAAGUUUGGCCAAGGGUUUGGUACGACAAGCAUAUAUAGUCAGAAACAGGAACCUCCAAAGAAGGUGAUGAUGACGAAAAGGACCAAAGAUAUGGGCAAAUUCAGCUCUGUCACUGUGUCCACCAUUGAUGAGGAGGAGGAGGAGAUUGAAGCGAGGGAGAUUGCUGAUUCCUAUGCACAAAAUGCCAAAGUCAUUGAGAAGCAACUGGAGCGGAAAGGCAUGAGCAAGAAGAGACUGCAGGAACUGGCGGAGUUGGAGGCCAAGAAAGCCAAGAUGAAAGGAACCUUGAUUGACAAUCAGUUCAAAUGAACAGUGAAUUAAAGAAGGUGGAUCCCAGUCAUAAGACAGAGUACAACUAAGCAGCAUCAAAUGUACUUUCUUCCAUGUUAAGUAUAGAGACUAUGGAUAGGUGGGGAGAAUGAAAAAAUUGUUCUUUUACUUAUUCAGAAUGUUUUGUGUAUGAGAAAUGGACUAUGUUGCAUGUUAAUAUUUGCGCAUUGGUAUCAUAAUGUCUAUUGUUUUGGGAAUACACUUAUAUAAACAGUAGAUAUUUAUAUUUGGUAUAUUUAUAAAUUUUCUUUCACCUGAUAGCCAGCUUAGCACUGUUCUCUCACACCCUUUCAUUUUAGCUGUCCUGUUUACUGCAUUAUUCAGGUGUUUCUAGAGAGAGUUAUGCAAACAACCAUGUGAAGAAGUGGAUGUAUCUGUUCUCUGUCCAGCUUUGUUGUGAGCUGUAAAUCUCUGGGCUGGAAAAGGAGGGACAAUCACACCGGAGUCUCUUCCUGAUUGGCAUGUUGCCCUGUAGAAGGGCACAUGUGCAGGCAUCACAGAUAAUCCCGUGAUUGUGUUUUAACAAUCUGCCAAACACUGCAUUGGCUCACACAUGAAGAAUGGCUGUAUGCCUGUUAUCCUUUCACAGAAACCAGCAGCAAUUGUAUUCCAUUCUUGCACAAAUCCUUCUGAAGUUCCCCACUGUUCUAAAACUUUUUUUUACAUAUAAAAAUAGAAAUAUGGCAAAUGUUUGGGGAACUAUACAUUUAAAUACUUACCUGAAGAGCUUCAUUGAACUUUAAAGCAUUAAUGAAAAUGUAACCAUGUUUUACAGUGAGCAGCUCUAGUAUUAAAAGCAAGAGGGAAUGCUAGAAAUUGAUUGUUUUAUAAGACAUAUUGUCACAGAGUCUGGAAAAAAUAUUUUUAAAGUGGGACCUUUCACCAGAGGUGUUGCCUUGUCUUCUUGUUAGAUUUGGCCAAAAUUACAACAGUUCAAAAGUAUUCCCCCCUCAUAAAUGUUCUAGUUGCACCUCUAGAAUAGUUUGGAAAAUAAAAUGUACAUGAACUUGAGUCAAAUGAAAUGUUCUGAUUUUCAGUAGUAAAAUCUAAAAAGGAUUUUCAUGGAUAACCACAUGGAAGGUUAUAGUUAUUGGGAAAAGAUGAAAAGGUUGGUUUCUUUGUGAAAAGAGAAGACUGAGGAAUAGCCUGAUGAGUGUACCAAUUAUGAAAGGCUCCGAAAGAGUGGAAAAAGUAUGCUUCCUCUUGUGAAGUGGAAAGACCUGUAUUUACUGUAGUACAUGUCAUAUCCCUGUCAGGAAGUCCCAUUGCAUUUGCAACAGUCUGCUCUGAGAGGUAAACAAGCACUAGAAAGCUGAUGGAAUCUGCGUUCAGUUCAUGUGUUUAAAAACAAAAGCUGUUUCUUUAAUAUUUUAUUCUUAAGUGGAACAUUAAAGCUGUUUUAUAAUGUCACUCAAGUAAACAGGUUUUUCUUGUUGCCAUGGCUGUUGAUUUCUUUGUAGAGAAAUCUUGUAUUUAAAAUAAAAACCAACAAAUGCUUUUGAUCAACAACACUGAGGAAAUAAUAGAGAAAACAUAAUAGGGGUGGUGGAAAUAGUGGGGAUCAUGAGUCUAUCAGGUUGUUGUUCAAAUCUAGCUAUUUUACUGACCUCCUUCCGGGAAGAAAAUCUUCCGUCCUUAUCUGGUCAUACAAUCUGCUGGAGGAACUCAGCGGGUCAGGCAGCAUGUGGAGGUGGGGGGAGGAAUUGUCAACGUUUGGGGUAGAAACCCUACACUGAAUGGCCUCCUGUAUCAUAAGGCAAAUGUACAGGAAAUAUCUGUCAAUACCCUAUCAGGAAAGGUAAAUAUGUUUCCUUACACAAUCUUCACUUCCACCGGUAUUGUCCAUGUAGGCAUUAUCCUUACAUGUGAACUGAAGUUGUUGGUUCACCAGGACAUACAAGCAAAGCUUGAGAAAAGUUCAACUGUUUGGACAGUAUCCCAACUCAGUAGCACUCACGCUAAGUGAUGUCAUUUUCUGUGACAGUUUUAUUACAUCUGAUUUAAUAUAAAAAGUGUCUCAAAAUGCAAUAAAGAUAGAACCUCGUAAUCCA